AUGGACAAAGGAUGGGGGCUCACCCUUGAUUCUGACUCCUUCGGCUUCUUCCUCAACAAGCCCCCGGCUGCUGUUAAGCUUGAUCAUCAUCAAAACAACAACAAGAGAAGCAAUUUUUUUGGUGGAGAAAGGAUGUUUCCGGGUAUGGAAUUCCCCGUCAAACUUGGCGGCAGGGAAGACCAGCUGGCUGGUCCACAGCCAUCCAUUCAUGACAACAAUAAUCGUGUGGUUGUGGACGAGGUCGACUUCUUUUGCAAUACUACAACCGCUGAUGAUCAUCAUCAGGAUUUGAAAUCCAACGGUACAAUCAGCGUCAAGAAGGAGAAUUGGACUGGCUUGGAUGUAAAUACUGGCUUGCACCUUGUUACUGCUAACACCGGAAGUGAUCAGUCAAUGGUUGAUGAUGGGAUUUCAUCCGAUGUGGAUAACAAAAGAGCAAAGAAUCAUGAGCUGGCACAGUUGCAAGUGGAGCUCCAACGUAUGAAUUCUGAAAAUCUGAGGCUGAAAGAAAUGCUUGGUCAGGUGACCAACAACUACAGUGCUCUGCAGAUGCAUGUUGCAGCUGUAAUGCAACAACAGCAGCAGCAAAAUCAAACAGCCUCGGCUGAUCAAAGCUCUCAAUUAAACCAUGAUCAGAAUGUUGAAGCAAAGUCUGAUCAAGAGAAGAAACAAGCGUUGAUGCCAAGGCAGUUUCUAAACUUGGGCCCCAGGGCCACAGCCGAGACCGAUGACCAAGUUUCCAAUUCUUCAUCAGAAGCCAGAACCCGAUCGGCUUCACCUCAGAACAUUAAUGAAGCUGCAUCAUCAAAAGAUCAUCACCUGAAGAAAAACGAUCAUCCGAUUGGUCCAUUGGAUCCCGAAAACUCUAACAAUUUCAGGGAUGGUAAAAGGGUUGGAAGGGAAGAGAGUCCUGAAUCUGAAUCACAAGGCUGGGUGCCCAACAAGGCUCCUAAGCUCAACUCCGCAGCUAAUAAGCCAACUGAUCAAUCCACCGAGGCCACCAUGAGGAAAGCCCGCGUAUCGGUUCGAGCCAGAUCAGAAGCUCCCAUGAUUACUGAUGGAUGUCAAUGGCGAAAAUACGGACAAAAGAUGGCAAAAGGAAACCCAUGUCCUCGUGCAUAUUAUAGAUGUACCAUGGCUGUUGGUUGUCCUGUUCGCAAACAAGUACAACGUUGUGCUGAGGACAGAACCAUAUUGAUCACAACAUAUGAAGGCAACCAUAACCACCCUCUGCCUCCAGCUGCAAUGGCCAUGGCAUCAACCACAACAGCAGCAGCAAGCAUGUUGCUUUCAGGCUCCAUGUCAAGCGCAGACGGGAUAAUGAACCCAAACAAUUUGCUAGCCAGAGCAAUUCUUCCAUGCUCAUCAAGUGUGGCAACAAUCUCAGCCUCUGCUCCUUUCCCUACUGUCACAUUGGACCUCACCACCACCCCAUUACAGUUCCAAAGACCACAGUCCCAAUUUCAAGUCCCUUUCCCAGGGCAACAGCCACAACUGCCUCAAGUUUUCGGACAGGCCCUUUAUAACCAAUCCAAGUUUUCUGGGCUUCAGCUGUCUCAGGAUUUAAUGGGGUCUAAUUCCCAACAGCAGCAACAACAUUUGCCGCAUCAAACUCAGUCUGCCUCGUUCGCUGACACGGUGAGUGCCGCUACAGCUGCCAUAACUGCCGACCCAACUUUCACUGCUGCUCUUGCGGCCGCCAUCACCUCCAUCAUCGGUGGAGGUCAUCCGAACAACAACAACAACAACAACAGCGCCUCGACGACCUCCAACAACAGCAAUGGAGGCAACAACAACAACGGCAACAGCAAAAUGAGCGGCUUCCCAGGACAUUAACUAGGAUAUUGGGGGACCUAUUAUUUUUUGUUAAUUUGUUGAUUUUUAUUUUAGUGUUGGCCGUGUCUCAGUCAGGUUUCUGCUUCUGUUUUUGGGGUCUAGAACGAGAUAACAUGUUCAUAUCUUUUGUUCUUGUUGUUGGGGAGGGUUUAGAAUCGUCGUUAGAUCGAUCACAACUUCAUUCUUUCUUUCUUUUUUUCUUUUUUGUUUUGAAUAAUUUGAUUCAAAUUUUUCAGUAAAUACACACGAAAACAGAAAAGUAGCUUCGUUUA